AUGUGUAUAGUACUUGUUUGCGUCCUUCCUCUAGUAGGCUAUUUACCUUUGUCUCCUUUGCUGAAACUGUUUCGUCAGGUGAUCUCCUGCUUCAGUUUGGCUGUGACCUCCCGUCUCUACCUUGGCUUUGCUGUGGUCUCUUUGCUGAUGGAGAUCAACUCAGUUUUCCUUCACAUAAGACAGCUUCUCCUCCUGUCAGGAUGGAGGAAUAAAACUACUGCUGCUGGCUCCUCUGUGACCUACAGUCUGAUCAGCUGGCUCAACAUCGGAACGUAAGUGGUAGCCAUGUACUUCUCCUCUGGAGGCUCAACAACACCUCAUGGGAUAUUUAAGUUUUCAUGAGUGGUUAUGUAAAAGUUCCCGCAGUAUGAGUUGAAAUGCACUUGUAUAGGAAACCUUGUUCUAUCUAAAUUGAACAAAUCUACCAGUCAGCUUCACAUGACUACAUGUUUUAAAGUGCCUGUGUUGUAUUUGCAGACUGUCCCCUCUCUCUGAUUUUCCAUCCUCUCUGCAGGUUGCUGGUGUUUCGUGUCUUUACGACAGGUUGGAUGAUACGCUGGCUCGCAGCUCACAGUGAACACAUGCCUCUCUUCGUCUUUAUGAUGGGAGCAGUGGGCACAAGUCUCAUUUCCAUCAUGAACGCAGUGUUGUUUUACAGACUGUUCAGAGCGGACUUCCUCAUCAACCACUAG